AGGGCGCAGAGGAAGACAUCUGUUUUGGUUGCGCUUCUGUCACAGAGGGAAAUAAAACUCUUUGAUAUUUCUGUUUGACUUAUGAACAGUCUAAAUGACUACAUGAGCUAGAUAGGCUUCUUCAAUAGCAAACAUCCGAAGCCCUCCUUUCACAUCUCCCGUGUUUUAGGAAAGAGGAGCAGCGUCAGAACCGCGGGAGGCAGCCACCGGCCGCACUCAGGAUGCCUCUGUUCUUCAAGAAGAAGAAGCCCAGUGAGGACGGCAAAAAGAGGCUGGAGUACCAGCUGUGCAGGUCCAAGGAAGCAGGUGCAGACGACAUCCUGGACAUCUCAGCCUGUGAGCUCUCUGAGGUCCCGUCCAGUGCCUUUUCUAUCUGCAAAGUGCUGCAUAAGAAGGUCCUCAUCCUCCAUAACAACGAGCUGAGGACUCUGCUGCCCAAGGGAUGUGACAUCUGCACUCUGUCCACCUUAAAGGUUCUGGACGUUCACGAGAACAAACUGACCUCGCUGCCCGAGGACAUCGGGAAGCUGGGCGCCCUGCAGAUCCUCAAUGUGGAGAAGAACCGUUUGAAGGCCCUGCCGGAGUCCAUCGGGGACCUGCGGCUGCUGCAGACUCUCAAUCUGAAAGGGAACUGUCUGAGCGAGCUGCCCUCCUCCAUGGGUUCUCUGAGUAGCCUGCGGACUUUGGACCUGAGCGACAACAACAUCCUGCAGCUCCCCAAAACCCUCGCCUACAUCCGCACCUUAGAGAGUUUCACCCUGGACGCCUCCACGAUGACGUACCCGCCGGCGUCGGUGUGUACAGAAGGAACCGAGAGCAUCCAGCGAUUCUUCUGCUCCGAGCUGGGAGAAGAGUACUGUCCUCCAUCCCAGUACCUGCUGCCGGUGCUGGAGAGCGACUGCGGCCGGCAGGACAACGACUGUCUGGAUGGUUUGGAGCAGGCCUGGCAGAACAAGUUCAGUGACUACGAGAAGAGGAAGGAGCAGAAGCAGCAGGAGAAACUUGCCUUUGAGCGCCACCUGGAGGAGAAGCAGAAGGAGCACACACAGCUUCUACUCAUGAACUCCUCCUACAAGGAGAACAUCCUCAACUCAGUCCGACAGGAGCAGGAGCGAGCGGACCUGGGCUUCAGCCAGCAGCAGAGAGCUCAGGAGGCCGGCAGGCUGCUGGUGCUGGAGAAGGUCCGACAGGCCGAGGACAACAUCAGCAGCCGGAUCAGCAACAUGCUGAUGGACAACAGCCGGCAGAAGAAGAGUGCAGAGUUCCUGCAGGCCAUGGAGGAGGACCGGAUCCGUAUGGAGCAUCUGACCGCCAUCACCCAGGAGGAAGCCAACUCGCUGAGGAAGAGGGAGGUGGCAGCGGCCAUGCAGAAGAUGCUGUCAGACGGCUACGCCAUGAACCUGCUGCAGGAGGCCAGUGACUGUCGGAGGAGGAGCCUGGUGUCUGAGGCCUGCAGGAGCAUGGAAAACAUGGACAGGAAGUUUGACAGGAUGUUGUCCCUUCAAGUUUUGGACAAAUCCCGAGCCAUAGCCCAGAUCUUACAGGAGGAGGAGAUGCAGAAGGCAGCUUUCCAGGCCCUGCAGCUGCAGAAGGACGCCGUGCACGGCUACAUCCGCAACCAGAUCAAGCUCAUAGAGGGCGAGUUAAUGCAGCUGACUAAACUGGAGAUUAAAAGACGCAAUCUGGAUGCAGAGAACCUGCAGGAGGUCCUGGUGGAGCAGCGCACCGCCCUGGGCGACCUGCUGCAGCAGCUGCUGAAGCAGAGGGACCAGCGGGAGCAGGAGCUGCGACAGGUUCUGGUGGAGCUGGAGCUGAAGUCCGAGUCCAACCAGCAGAACUACUGGAUGAUCCAGUACCAGCGGCUGCUGGACGCCAAGCCGCUGUCGCUGCGGAUGCAGGAGGCCGGCGUGGAGAAGGAGCUGGUCCACCUGCUGUGCAAGCUGUCGGCCCAGCACUACCUGCCCGUCCUGGCCCACCACCGCGUCACCACCGAGGCCCUGCGGCUCAUGACCUCCUCCGACCUCAAGAAGCUCGGUAUUACUGAAAUAGGAAUCCAGAAAGCUCUUCUGAACUGGGCCCGGGAGCAUCAGCCCGAAGCCGGGGCCUGUAAGGACGUGGACCAGGAGCCGCCGGCGGAGGCCGUCCCCACGGCCCCGUCGCCGUCUCCGUCUCCGUCGCCCUCCACCCCCCCGCUGCCCCCCCACGCCUCAAACUUCCAGUACCCCAGUCCGCCGCUCACCCCCGGGACCCCCGGGACCCCCGGCACCCCCGUCACCCCGUCGUGCCCCACCCCCGUGGAGGGGCCCGGCAGCUCCGAGUGCGUGGUCUGCAUGGAGACCGUGGCUCAGGUCAUCUUCCUGCCCUGCGGUCAUGUGUGCUGCUGCCAGGUUUGCAGCGACGCCCUGCAGAACUGCCCGCUGUGCCGCAGCAGCACGAGCCAGCGGAUACGCCUCUACCACACCUAGGGGCCCCCGGGGGCCCCCCCCCGACCCCACACCACUGUUCAUGCAUGACCCCGUAACUGUACCGAGGCUUGUGAAGCGCUGAGCCACUUUCUUGUAUUUCUGUCCCCCAUCCUCAAGCCCGUUGUAUUUUAUUGAUUCUUAUUUAUUGUACAUUCACGGCGGGGCCAGCGUACGGGCCCCGCUCACCGCUUACAGACUUCUUCUUUGCCUUAGUAGUAUUCUCGACUGAUGUGUGCCUUUCUGCUGGAAAUCUGUUAUCCUCCACCAGGGGUGUCAAACGCUUUCACUUCAGGGGCCGCGUGCAGUCCAACGCGACCUCGACGGGGCCGACGGCGGCGCCACGGCGUGAUAAUCUAGAGAUACUGACAAAUCAGAGGUUUCUUUUAUUCUCAAUGCUGAAAAAAAAAAUACAAGGGAAGGUUCACGUUUGAUGCACUUUUUAAAAAAAAAAAUCGUAAUGAUUUUCAAAACUGUUUGAGAGACUUUAUGCUGAUACGGAUAGCAGUAGCGGUGAGCCUGUCCUGGGAGGUGGCUGGCGUUAGCGUGACGGGCGCUCUACUUGUGAGAUUUACGUCUGUAAAUUGCACUUCCUGUGUUUAUGAUUACCUAGAUUGCUUUGUUGUUGUGUGUCUCAGUUUUCUAGUAUGUCGUCCACAGUGACUGAAACAGAAUAUUCAGUUUGUCUUUUUUUAUUUUUUAUAUUUUGCUACGUCCAGAUUGGACUCGUGUGACCUGGUCUUGGCCCCUGAGCCAUAUGUUUGACACCCCUGUUAUAACCACUUUAUGUGCGUCACUAACCAAAGUAAUAAUAGUCUAUUAUGAUAUCAGAGACUGAACUAUAUUAUCUAAUAAUGAUUGUUGAAGCUUUGCUGUCGUCAGGUCUGGUUUCCGUUGCUGUCCCAGCCUCCCGCUCCUCUUCAUAUCGUUCUCCAGCUUGUUUCCAGAUUAAUCUGAGGAAAUCUCUGCUGUCGUGUUCAUAUAUCUUCACUGGAUUUGAUCUAUAUCGAGAACUCCUCUUGCAAAAUACCAACCUCUUCAAAUCCUUGAUGAAACUGGCUUCAGUGAGGUUUCAUUCUUCUCUCGAGAAGGAAUUCUUUGCUGAAAGCAGAUAAAUAUUAUCAUAUCUGAACUCAAGCUGGCCCAACACGCCAUGUUUCCAUCCAGAACCCAAAAUAAGACGGUGUAAAGGUCAAACACAGCUCUCUGCAGUUAAUAUAUAAAAUAUCAAGGCAUAUUUCAGGGAAGUGCAAUAUUGAUCCUUCAUCACACUCAUCCUCGCAGGAAGUGAAACAGUUUUUAGACAUUUCACAGGGAACUCCUCCACAGGGAACUCCUCCUCCUCCUGUCCCCCUUUUUUCCUUUUUUUUUUUUUUUUUUGUUUUUUUUUGGGAGGUUUCUGGGAGAAAACUCAUGGACUUUAGGUAAAGCUGUGAGCCGUAGCGCCGAGUCAAAGCCUUGAACGUACCGAGUGUUUGAACUAACGUCAUCACCCGUCUGUCCGCAGCCGUCACUGAUGCUGGUCUACUCUAACAAGUGCUCUUAACCCCCCUGCAUGUUGUAGUCACGUCUUAACCACGUAGGGAAUGUGUCGUGUCACAGAAUCACUGUACGGUCGAUGUUCCAUGUCAGAAAAUACACUGUCA